UUUGUUAGUUUCUGUUUCCACCGGAGACCAGUUUUCUCGACUUUAUGAAGAAGGACUAAAAAAGUUCCAUUUCAAGACAUUUGAAAAACUUACAAUUGUUGGAAGGGAAGCUCUGCAGAUUUAUUUUGAUACGAUAUUCCCAAAACAAGAGCUCAUCAAAAUCAGAAUGUCUGCAAAACCAGACAGAGUGAAGAAAACAUUUCGUCUCAGUGAUGAUCAGUCUGAUCGUUUGUUCCCAGCUGACAAAUCGGACCCAUCAUCUUCCUCAUUUGAUGUGACGAUGAUGUAUCAGAUGCUGCGGAAUCGCACUCCUAGUCUCCCAUCACCCACUAAUGGAUGGGGAAAGACACCUGGUGUAAACCAUAUAACCCAGACCGAUGACGUGGAAAGAAUCCGGAUAUACAGAAACCAAGUCGUCCAUGAAACUGAUGCAACAAGAAAAUUAGAUAAAAAUGAUCUCGAGAAAAAAGGACGAGAUUUGACUCAGGUGACAUUUUAUUCAUUCGCGUCAUUCUGA